CCGGUAAGAAAAUACGCUUAGGAUUCGGUGAAUAAAUCUAACAUUCAGUGAGUAAAGUUUACCUAUUUUUGAUGUUAUUCGUUGGUUAGUAGUGCAAGAUUCAUUUUAUCCAGUGAUUUAAAAUGAUAUUAUACUUAUUUUGAAUGAAUGAUAGGAAGUUCAUUUUCAGUUUAAAAAAUUAUUUACAGCCAAAAAUUAAAAACAACUAAAGAUCAGAUAUGCUACUUACUAAUGUAUACUUAUGGUGGGAGAAGUUAUUUUGAGAGUAAACACUUAUAGGUGCCAGAUAGUUUCGUAAAUACAGAGAUUAAAACAAAAGAUUAAUGUUAUGUAAAACAGUGAGUUGUAAAUAAUCAAUUUUCCUGGAGAAGUUUGUAUAAAACGCCCAUGCUUGUUUCUAAAUUUGUAGUGCAGUGAAUAAACAGGUAGGGGAAAAAAUGCUAAUAUGAUCUUGUUUAGAAAAGAAUACUUUAACAAUAUUUGAUUAUUGCUUCUGUUAUGAUUCAAUAAGGUGAUGCUGUUUACAAUUGGUUGUUAGAUUUGAUAAGUAAUUUGUCCAAUAGAAGUGUUGUUUCUUCCUAUUCAAAUAAUUCAACAGACACAAGUAUGAAUGCUUCUACACUGCUAAAUGCGAUUGUUUAUCGUUUAUCAAAAGACGAUAUGAACUGAUUCAACGGCAGGUGUGAAACAAUGAGUGAGGAUAUUGAAGUAAAUUUACCAACAAGCAUAAUUAUUACUAUAGAAGGGAUACUUGGUACCAUAUUCAAUAUGAUAGCAGUUAUUGUUAUGUUUACAACACAAUUGGGUUCAAAUUUAACAAUGCUUAUGCUAAGAGCUCAAAUAAUAAUUGAUUUCACCUCAUGCUUUACCACAACUAUAUAUUAUGUUAUGCAGUUUGCUAAAGUAGAUAACAAACUGACAGGAUUAUACAUUAUCGAUAUGAUGAUAUGCCAUUUGUGGUUUAGAAAUGCAAUAUUUUGGUUAACAUGUAUUUUAAGUGUACAGAAUCUUGUCUGUAUAUCAUUUGAUCGCGUUCGCUGUGUUAUAUUUAAAAACAUGUACAAAGUUUAUACAUUUAAAUUGACUAUAGUAUACUUUGUUUAUAUGGUGAUUAUGGCAUGCGUAUUGUACACACCAUCCCCACUGCUCCGCCGAUAUGCUGGUGAUCAUUGUGAAAUGGAAUUCUUAUUACCAUGGUUUAAAUCAAAUAUAUUUCUAAAUUACAUUGUGUAUAGUUGGAUUUUAUUUGCGUAUGUUGUACCCGUCAUGGUUAUGAUUACAAGUCAUAUCUGGGUAAUCAGAGUCAUAAGGAAAUCACAUUCAUCACAAUUAAAUGUAGAAUCACAGAAUGCAGAAGCCAGUGUAAGAGUUAAACGUAAAAUAAGCCAACUGGUAAUAACAACUGCAAUUAUGUCUGGACAGCAAAUUAUACUACACCUUUAUGAAUGUGUAUAUCAAACACUAAUUGUAACUAAUCUUACAAAAUAUAGAUAUGAAACAGUAACCGGACAGAUGAGUACACUGUUAAUUUUACUUAGUUCUGUCUUAAAUCCGUGCGUUCUCGUUUUGACUACAUCUGCUCUGAGAAAACAUGUAUUGCGAUCACUGAAGAUAGUAGCAGACAUCAUAAAAUGGAGGGGAAGGAAGAACCACACCAACACAGAAGUAUUGUAAUUACUGACAUGCGAGAUAUCAGAUACAAGUCAGACUAACCUGUGCUUAAAUUCUUUCGUUGAUUAAUAACUUUCGGUUGGUUUCAGUAAAUCGAUAAUUAUAUGAUAAAAAUGAAAUAAAAAUUGAGUUGAGCAGUCAAUAUUCGCUGACAGUAUGUAUCACAUCAUGUUAUGCUUAUAAAUGAACAAUUCUUACUACGCAUUUAUUUCACUUAAUUAAAUAAAAGUAAUGCAGUGUUCUGAAAAUUUUGUACAAACAUGUUACCUUGACUUAUGCAAAUGAGAAUCGCGCUGUAAAUGAACUAUUUCUUCGACAUUCCAUUGAUUUUUGAACACAUUUUGUUGGACAGCUUAUGACCACUAUAAAUUUGAAAAGAUGUUCUUUAUGUGUAUGACUGUAAAACAUGUAUAUAUGCAUAUCUCUUUGUUUAGAACAACUUGAAAUUUUAAUUGUAGUAAAU